UCUCCUUUUGAAGACUGCUCAUCUUCUCUUCUUCUCUUCUCAGAGACUCCACAACCUUUACAGCAGAAAACAUGAGUAAUUACAGGAAGUCAUUUUCCAUUGCAGGCUCUUCCUCAGGAGGCAGCUUCAGGAGGUCCAAUGCACCAGCAGUUAGCUCUUACUCCAUACAAAGAUCCAGUUAUGGUGGUGUUGGUUCUGCAGCUGGAGGUUUCGGUUCUACAUCUGGAGGUUUUAGUCGUGGGUCAAUGGGUGGUGGUGGUUCUGGUAGUUAUGGCUUUUCUUCUAGCCAAGGAGGAGGCGCCUUCAUCCCUCCUCCGAUCACAGCUGUCCAAGUCAACCAGAGCCUGCUGGCCCCUCUGAACCUGGAUAUUGACCCCACCAUCCAGGCUGUCCGCACCCAGGAGAAGGAUCAGAUCAAGACCCUCAACAACCGCUUCGCCUCCUUCAUCGACAAGGUCCGUUUCCUGGAGCAGCAGAACAAGAUGCUGGAGACCAAAUGGAGCCUCCUGCAGGACCAGACCACCACCCGCUCCAACAUCGAGGGUAUGUUCGAGGCCUACAUUUCCAACCUGCGCAGACAGCUCGAUGGGCUGGGCAAUGAGAAGGUCAAGCUGGAGGGAGAGCUGAAGAACAUGCAGGGCAUGGUUGAGGACUUCAAGAGGAAGUAUGAAGAUGAAAUCAACAAACGUGCAGCUGCAGAGAACGAGUUUGUGCUCCUGAAGAAGGAUGUUGAUGCUGCCUACAUGAACAAGGUGGAGCUGGAAGCCAGGGCUGAUGCUCUUCAGGAUGAGAUCAACUUCCUCAGGGCUGUCUAUGAGGCUGAGCUUACUGAGCUGCAGGGCCAGAUCAAGGAUACCUCGGUCAUCGUACAGAUGGACAACAGCCGUAACCUGGACAUGGAUUCUAUUGUGGCUGAAGUGCGUGCUCAGUAUGAGGACAUCGCCAAAAGGAGCAAGGAGGACGCAGAGUCCUGGUACAAACAGAAGUACGAGGAGAUGCAGAGCACUGCCGGACAGUAUGGUGAUGACCUGCGCACAACCAAGGCUGAGAUUUCUGAGCUGAACCGCAUGAUCGCCCGUCUUCAGAAUGAGAUUGAGGCUGUCAAGGGACAGAGGGCCAGCCUUGAGGCUCAGAUCGCAGAGGCUGAGGAGCGUGGUGAGCUGGCAGUGAAGGAUGCCAAGCUCCGCAUCAAGGACCUGGAGGAUGCUCUGCAGAGAGCCAAGCAGGACAUGGCCCGCCAGGUGCGCGAAUACCAGGAGCUGAUGAACGUCAAGCUGGCCCUGGACAUUGAAAUCGCCACCUACAGGAAACUGCUGGAAGGAGAGGAGGACAGGAUGACCAGCGGAGGUCCAAGUACAACCAUCCACGUGCAGCAGUCCUCUGGAGGAUUUUCCAGCUCCAACUCUGGAGCAUUUAGCAAUUCAGCCGGUGGAUUCGGCUACGGUGGUGGCAGCAGCAGUGGUAGAGGUUAUGGCGGUGGCGCUGUUACCAAGUCCACAGUCACAUCAGUCAGCUCCGGCAGGAGAUUGUAUUAAAAAGGAGAGCCGUCCCUCUUACCCUUCAGAAACUCUUGAAUUUGAUCUUAAUCUGUAUUCAGUCAUGGUGCUAUGCAAUACUGUUCAGCAUGUUCAACAAGAGAGCCGACUAUAUUGUGUUACACUGCAACCAGCUUCACUGGGAGCUUUUCUUACUCUCUUCUGUUUAACAUCAUUUAACAAGAGUUUCUGAAGGCAAACAUGGCCUUAAACAAACAAUGGCCAAGUCAGUUCCAUCAGCACUGACAUCCAAGAAAUAAGAAAAAAAAACAUUAAAAAAAAAGAGUGUUAAAAUUAAAUAAGGAAACAGUUGAACAUCUGUACUCAAUCUGAUGAACUGCUCUUUACUAUGGGCCUUCAGUGAUUUGUGUAGGGUGACUAUAUUCUAAUGUUCCAGAUAUCAGAUGAUGUCUUCAUUCCUACAUUUGAGUGAUGAUAUUAGUAAGGAGAGCAAGUCACUGGUGGAAUCUGAUCACUGGAGAAAUACAAAAAUUUUUUAAUUUGUGUGGUUUUCCAUGUUUACAGUUUCCCUUUGAACUGAUUGGCUGCUGGCUUGUUUUUUUAUUUCAGUUUUGUCAACUGUUUCCAUGUUUAGUUUUACCUUUACUUGCCUUCAAGAUGACCGCAUGUUGAAACCGGAUUUAUUUUGUAAAAGCCUUCCAAGCAAAAUGUCUGAUGAGUUGCAGCUAAUGAAUCUGAAUAA